CUCCUCCCUCCACAACUUGCUAUAUCGUUGGUCUUAGAUCCGACCGUACGGUUCUUUUCCACAUUCAAGAUGUUCUCCCGUGCUGUUCGUCCGGCCGUUCGCGCUGGUAGCAUUGCGGUCUCCCGCACUGCUCCUCCCAACGCCGCCAACUUCGCGACUCUGCGUGAAAUCGAGGGCCGUCUCAAGUCCAUCAAGAACAUCGAGAAGAUCACCAACACCAUGAAGGUCAUCGCCUCUACCCGUCUUACCCGCGCCCAGAAGGCCAUGGAGGAGUCCCGCAGCUACGGUCAGACCUCCAACACCGUUUUCGAGCAGGCUGAGACCAAGCCCCUCGAGGACAAGAAGACUCUGUUCGUCAUCGCCAGCUCCGACAAGGGUCUUUGCGGUGGUAUCCACUCCGGUCUCAGCAAGGCCACUCGCCGUAUGCUCCAGCAGACUCCCAACGCCGACAUUGUCGUCCUCGGUGAGAAGGCCAAGGCUCAGCUGUCCCGUACCAACGCCAACGCCAUCGUCCUGAGCUUCGCCAACGUCUGCAAGGACGUCCCCACCUUCGCCGAUGCUCAGGCCAUCGCCGAUCAGAUCGCUCUGCUCCCCGAGGACUACGCCAGCGUUAAGAUCAUCUACAACAAGUUCCUGAACGCUCAGAGCUACGAGCCCGCCACCGUUGAGGCUUUCUCCGAGGAGGCCAUCACUCAGUCCCCCAACCUCUCUGCUUACGAGACUGAUGAGGAGACCCUCACCAACCUCCGCGAGUACGCUCUUGCCAACAGCUUGUUCUGGGCUCUUGCCGAGGGUCACGCCUGCGAGAUCUCUGCCCGUCGCAAUGCCAUGGAGAACGCUUCCAAGAACGCUGGUGAGAUGAUCAACAAGUUCCAGAUUCUGUACAACCGUCAGCGUCAAGCCGCCAUUACCAACGAGCUGGUCGAGAUUAUCACUGGUGCCACCGCCAGUGCGGACAUGUAAAAGCUUUUCUGAAGCUUUUGUGGGGAGGAGUCACCAUGUGUGUAGACUUACUCAUAAAUACCUAGAUGCUUUCCAGCCUGUAAAAUCUAUCCUAUCUUUUCUUUGUCCAGGGGAUUUUUGUGUGAGAUGAAUGAAGUGAAUCAACCAUCCUAUCCAG